AUGGCGAAAAUAGUACUCCUCAAGGCACGACCGGUCCAGUGCUUCCGUUGUUGGGACUUCGGUCACGUGAGGGGCGGCUGUCGCUCGCCGACAGAAAGAGGACGAGCGUGUUUCAACUGCGGAGGAGAAGACCAUGCGCUGAGGGAGUGUUCGUUUCCCUCAUGUUGCGUGGUGUGUCGAGACAAGGGGUUGAACCCGGAACAUAGCCGAGCGUCACAGGACCUCAUGACGCAGUAUAUUCUCGAAAACAGAAUAGGUGUCUGCUGCUUCGCUGAGCCAUGGCGAAUUCCCGCGGACAACGCCCAUUGGAUCUCGAGUUCGGACUCAACUGCGGCCAUAUUGUGGAGCCCGGAGUUUGUCGGGCCCGGUUGUGUAGUGUUCCACCGCUCUAAUAACAUCAUUGGAGUGAGCUUCGGCGAUGUGCGAGUGAUAUCGGUAUACAUAUCCCCGAACAUUAGCAUUGGGCGUUUCUUAGAGGCUAUUGACAGACUAUCGGACGCGGUGGCCUCUGCUGGCGGUCCCGUCAUUAUUUGUGGAGACUUUAACGCCAAAUCAGGAUCCUCCAUUGUUGAUCUCACGUGGGUCUCGGCUCAGUACGCGGACAAGGUCAAAAACUGGAGCGUCAUCUGCGAUAUGGAGACGCUGUCCGACCACAGACUGAUUGCGUUCGUAAUUUGUGACCGUCCUGUAAAUAAUGUAAAUAGCGCGAACAUUAGUAUUAAGAAACCAUACCCGCGCUGGUCUAUAAAAGGCCUGGACGCUGAAUUGUUGGCGUCAACGUUUGAGUUCCUCAGUUCCGGUCUCGACGCGAAUCGUUCGCCGGAUUGUUUGGCUGACGACGUCGGAGCGUGGAUCUCCGAUACUUGCGAUGUUGCGGCCAGGAGGGCUGGCAUUCGCCCACCAAGGAGAACAACGUAUUGGUGGAAUGAGGAAGUCGCCACUACAAGAAGAGUGUACAUCGCUGCUCGAAGGAAGUGCUCGAGGGCAAGAGCGUCUGGAAACCCAAAUGAAGAGCUGGACAGAGUCUACCGGGUAGCCAAAAGGACUCUGCGGAAGGCGAUCAAGAUUGCAAAGUCCAAUGCAUGGAAGGAACUCCUACUAGGAGUAGAGGACGACCUGUGGGGCCUGCCAUAUAAGAUGGUGAUGGGCUGCCUUCGGAGGUCUUCUCCCGCUCUAUCGGAGACUCUGAGCCCCGAUACACUCGGGGAACUGAUGGACUCGCUGUUCCCGGAAGGGGAGACCCACUCUCCGGACGAGAUCUGGCACAACUGGGACAGAGAGCGCUUCGUGGCCGCGGAUCAUGUGGGCAUCUUGGAGGUCUGGCCGGCCCCCUUGGGGAGCCGCCCUAUGGACACAUAUUUUGCGAUUGCCUGA